GACACACGAGGUCCCAACUCCGCCCCGUCCCAGAAGACCCUCUCAAUCUCCAACAACGGGGUUCUGCCCGGCGAUGAUGUCCUACAUCCUGUGCGGUGGUGGAAUCCGAUUUGGCUGCAUUCACUGGUACUGUGUGCUUUCAUCAUCCUGUUCCUGUCCUUGCUUGCGGGCCUGAUCACUUUAUGGCACUUUGUCCAGCUUGAACAUGGUAUCAGCACGGACAUUACCAACAAUCAUUACGCAUGGACCAACAGCGUUGCUUGUCGUCAUUAGUACGGCGUGGAAACAGGUCGACUUCCACUGCCGGACCCUGGUGCCCUGGUCGCGUCUCCGCCAUGGUCCUGCUCCAGCAUGGGACCCACUCUUGCUGGACUAUGUCUCUCCCAUAUUGCCCAUGGUGCUGAUCAAUGCUGCUAAGAACCACGAUUGGGCAGUUUUGGCCGGUGCCAUCGGUGACUUGUUGUUGAGCAUCGUCACUGUCUUUAGCACCGGCCUCCUUGUUCUUACGCCCACCCCAAUGUCCCGGUCGGUCAGCAACCUCAUAGUAAGUUCCAGAUUCAUCGGAACAAAUUAUACGAUUGGACCCGGCGCAAUCGAUACUGAGUUGAUGCGAUAUUAUGGUAUUCAGCAGCGAGGCCUCGAAUAUCAGUAUGGCACGACAGAAAGUGUCGCUUACGAUACUCUCGACUUCCAGUCCCUCGUCCCAGAUUCUGUCGUAACUUCAACAGUGAACGGUGUGUUCCCCUUUUUUAACUGUGAGAUCGUGGUACCGGAGAUCGUUGGAGACAACUUCACCUGGUUCAAUGAUGGCGCCUAUGUUAAUGGAGAUGAGCUGAUGCUGAGACUCACUCUUAACCCGACCAACUGUCCUCCACUGUCUUCCUAUUACAGUUGUUUAGCGUUGGAUUGUCCAACAGGACAAUCCAUCUCGUCUCAUCAGCUGUGGAACACGCCGUAUUCUUAUCAUCACCCUCAACCAUUGGAUGACCUUGAUCCUUGCGCCAACCUCUAUCAGCUCACCAUUACGAACCUCAACUUCCAGAGGGUGCCAGGCCAUCCAGUUAAUACCAGUGCUGCAUGGAAUGUGACCAUGUCUGGGGCAGUUCGUAUAGUCUGUGCGCCUGGCUAUACCGUCGAUACGGUCAACGUGACCGUGAACACUGCAAACCCCACCUCAAAGGGUGGAGUGAGUACCACGGGCCCACUGCAUCGUAUUGCAGAUGUUCUUCCGGGAUUCUCUUAUUACAAUCUGACCCAGGAUUUCACGAACGAGGUCUAUGUAAACAGCCUGCCAGAGCAGGAAAAUGCGCCGUUCAUAGAUGAUUUUGCGAGGCUGCUUGUUAUCUUGAACGGCGGCUUUGCGAACACCAUGUUGAAUGCAACAGUGCUGAAAAGCACGGCUGAAGAAGCAUUUAAGGGUGUGGCGGUCCAGCUUGCUGACACGUACUUACGGAAAGCGGAUAACGGAACGACCACUGCCAACCUUGCGUACCAGGCGCAAAGGCUUCAAAUUCGACUGGUGAGUGUAUGGGCAAUGGGUAUGGGAUUUAUACUGCUAGCUGUCUCCGCCGCUGCCAUCCUCAUCUGGCGUGUUCGCAACGCAGUGUCAUGCAACCCUAACUCAAUUGGUAGCCACGUCACCAUACUUGCUGCUAGCCCUACACUUCGGAGGCUGUUGGAAGGAGCCGGUGCCUAUUCAACUCCGCUUGUCAGAAACCGUCUACGUUCUUCGAUGGCUAGGUCUCGCAUCACGAACAAUGAUGGGAAUCCAGAACUAUGUAUCGAGAUUGAUGUUCCUGACGGAAGUCACGACAACCCGCUUGACGAUUCAGGUGAUGUUUCUUGGUGGAAACCCUUGUCGAUUUCUAUCUGGUUCAUGACUUUCGCCAUCAUUUUGCCAGUCGCUAUCAUCGUGGCUCUGGAGGCUCUGCAACGCCGCUCAAAUGCAAAUGGCGGCCUGGUCAACAUGUCACCUAUUUCCACCAUUGAUCAUUCAAUUCCAUCUCUACUUGGGUCUGCCAUCCUAACAUCCAUUGCAAUGCUUUACGGCGCCAUCAACUUUACGGCAUUUACGCUUGCGCCCUAUCAAACCUUGGCCCGAGGUAGUGCUCCUACAAAGCGGACAUUGCUGGGCACGUCCUUGGGAGAUCUGCCACUGCAGUCCACAGUGAGAGCGACUCGCGAUCGCCAUGCAAGUGCUGCUUUGGCAUCAUUAGCUGCCAUUUUCGGCAGUCUGCUGACUAUAAUCUCCUCAGGCCUCUAUACAAUUGAAAAUACCCAGUUUGCCGUGGCUGUCAAUAUCUCUACAUCUGACAAGUUCGUGCCAUCAUUCACCACUUCGACAGACGAUGCAGCAGGGGCUAUAUUUGAACUUAUAGAGCAGAACAAUGCCUCUUAUCCGGCACUGACCUACGAUGAGUUGGCGUUUCCCGGCUUAGACCUCUCCACCUUGGGAGCAGAAGCUGUGAGUCAAUUGACCGAUCCGUCGCAACAGGUUAUCCUACUGGCCGAUAUUUGGGCCAUGAGAGCUUCACUCAACUGUACGCUAGUGCCGAGAAACACCAUGCAAAAGACGACUCGCCAAUACGGGAGCGCUGACAGUGGUCCUGGUUGUUUCGAAAGCCAGAUUUUCUUCAAUGCAAGCCUGCCUCCAUCAUGUCCACAUUUCUUGAACGGAGACAACCAGACCGCGACGGAUAUACCCUUCUCGUACUCUGUGCAACAUAACUGUCUCAACCAUACCGUGGUAGGUAUCUUUGUGCAAAACGUCCUCAACAAUGAGGCUGGUAUGGUCAAUGGAGUCUCCCUGGGGCCUGAGGGUUCCUUUUUGGGAGCAGCAAGCAAUCCUCCUGAGUGUCCAUCCCUGGCAUUUUUGUCCGGGUACUUUGUUGAAAACUCUACCUCAACAGAGAAUUUCACGGCAAUGACUUGCAUCCAAGGGCUGGAACAGGCCCGAACAAAUACGACCUUUGUCAUCUCCGAAGGAUCCAUUCUUGUCAAGUCGAAACCUGUUGUUGACGAAAGCUCAAGUCGUUGGCUUGUCUCAUUCAACAGCACCUACUGGUUCACAAAAGUAAACACGUUUGCCUCGUUCAACAACCGUUCAUCUGGUACUCUCAGCGAGGACUCGUUCUAUUCACAGGUCAAGUACGGUCCCGACGGGAUACCUGCUGAGGAUCUCACAGGUCCCUCUAACAACCAGCGGUUCAUGGAUGCUACUCUACACAUCUAUCGAAGAUAUUGGGCUCAGCUGAUCAAUGCCACCAUGCGGCAAGAUUUGCAGGACGACGAAGCAGCAUCUUGUCCGGGAACGGUAUUGAAUAUCAACAAACUAAGGCUUAAACAAAACGCAACGUCCAAACUCAUUCUCCAGAUUUUCCUCGGAAUCAUGCUCGUCUGUGGGAUCUUUGUAUAUGGCCAACGAAACAUGCACCACGUACUACCGCAAUGUCCAUGGAGUAUCGCAGGUACCAUGAUUUUACUCGCGUACAGUGAGAUGAUCGAGCGGAAGAUUGUCCCUCCCGGAGCAGAGUUCAUGAAUGACGAAGCAUUAGCCAAGGUUUUUGUUGGCUACAUGUUCAGUCUUGGUUGGUGGGACACUGGGAUGAAGACUGGUGAUUCUCCGCGCAGGAGAUUCGGAAUCGAUAUUGGGAAAGCUGAUGCGAGCACAAAAUCAGGACCGUUAUGAUGGCAUCUGACGGCGUCGAUGAUACUAUAAUAACAACGAUCUUUUCUGGCC